GCUUAAGCUGUCAUGGCGUCGGUGACUUUUAGAUGAAAAAUGUGAAUCUGACGUUGUUUCACGAUUUUCAACAUAUGUAAUGGAAAGGGACGGUGACCCAGAGGAGCAAGCAUCAUGUUCAAAGUCCCCCUCCUUGUCCGAGUCGCUAGAUUCCCAGGAGAGUGACAAGGACGCUAGUACGGACCAAUCUGAGGAUGAAAUGGACUCGACUUCAGCAAAUACAGCAAGGCAUAUGAAUGUAAAAUUAAAAGGAGACGCUUAUUGUGAAUGCUACAAGAAAGGUUUAGACAAAUCCUGCAAAUGUGGAGAAGAUGACACAUAUUUUGAAUGGCGUUGGGAUGAUGGAACCAAAUCUGCUGCUAGCUUUGUGAAGGAUGACAUGAGGGAAGUGAUGUUCCACAUUGAUUACAGCUGUGGUACAGCGGCUGUACGCGGCACACUGCCACUUAAGAAUGAGCAGUAUUACUGGGAGAUUAAAAUGACAACACCUGUGUAUGGAACUGAUAUGAUGGUUGGUGUUUGCACAGAACACAUUGACCUGAACAAGUGUCGCCACAUGUUCUGUAGUAUGAUUGGCCAGGAUUCCGAGUCAUGGGGUCUGUCUUACACAGGCAUGAGACAGCAUCGAAGUAUCAAGGAACAGUAUUCAUCUAAGUUUGGUCAGGGCUCCAUCAUUGGCAUUCACCUUGACAUGUGGCAUGGAACAUUAUCAUUCUACAAAAAUAGGAGGCCACUAGGUGUGGCAUAUACUGGUCUCCAUGGUAAGAUACUGUAUCCAAUAGUAUCAUCAACGGCAGCGCGCAGUGGCAUGAAGGUGAUUCGUAGCUGUUCCUUCCAAACCUCCCUCCAGUUCAUGUGCUGCCAAGUUCUCCGCAAGGUCAUUCCAAAUCACUUGGAUGUUUUAAAAGUGAUAAACCUGCCACCUGGUUUUAAAAACUUUUUAGAAAACAAUGUGAGCUGGCUUCUCCAGCCAUGUCCCCCACAUAUACCCCCAAGGGAUAAAGGACUAAAACGUAAACCCAAAAAGAGGACUAAUGAUGGGUCUGUACAGGCCGAUGAUAUGGCGGGUCCAAGCAAUUGUAAACAAAUGUUACUCAAGUAAGGAAGUGCUACAGUAUAAGGCGUAUCUUGAUAAGCUAAGGGAGACAAUCUUGCUUGUGUCCAUUUUUAUUGAGUAUUUUCAUUUUCAGUGAACAUUACUGAGAUGGUGUUUAAAAUUUGAUUUUACACAAUAUAUUGCGUUUAUGAAAGCAGUUGUGGUAUUUCAUACAUAUAAAUCAAGUUCUAUUUAAGAACAGAUCUCAUUCGUUCUACCAAACUUACUCAUUUGUUCUACCAAACUUAUGACACCAUUCAUUUUUUAAGUCUUCAUUGAAUUCUAACUUCAUUCUUCUUUUAAUGCAUUUCCUCCAUUAAAAUACUAAAAAGAAAUAAGAUUUGCUCAAAUCAUUUAACUUAUCCCCUAAACACCUCUUGUAAGCUUUGACAUGUCAGGAUUUAGUCCCUCUACAAAUACUUAUUAUUUUUUAACAGCAAACCCAUUUCAUUGAUACUAAACAACAUCCAAAAAAAGUGAGUGUAUGGUAUAUAUUUGUCCAGUUUAAUGUGGGAAUAUGUUCACAUUCUGCAAUCAUAAAGUAUUUUGACUUUUUCAGAUGAAAAAUGAACGUUUUAUUGUCAUAUUAAACCAAAAUGGCAGCUCCGACUGUAUGCUCCCCAGGUUGUUGAGAAAGGUAUUGGCUGGUUG